GCUAUGUUGGCGCAUUUGUGUAUCUGGCACUGCUAACUAACAUAGUUUUGAAAGAUUAUAAUGGUCUUCACGUUUUUGUGGAAACAAAAUUUUUACUAAAGUGUUAUUGAACAAAAAACUUUCGUAGUAAAUCAUUAAUAGUGUGGAGCAAUUGAAUGGUGUGAUUAUUUUCAUAAAUGUGAUUCACCGAUUAAGUUCGUAACUUGUUUGCACGAUCGGAAUUUUAACGAAGAAACUAGCCGAAUACAUCAGCAACUGGAGAGAAAUGCCAACAACGGGGAAGAACCCAUCUCAAAUGGCGGUGCUUCAACACGAUGAACAACGAAUGAAUCGAACGAAAUUCAUUUUAAUUUGAUCACUUGAUCAAGUCAGUUGUUAAUUGCGCAUAAAGUUAAACCUGUUAAAACAUUUAGGCACACAUUUUUUAUUUAAAUAUAUUCAUAUAUAUAUAUAUUCAAGUACUUUCAAAUAUGCGUAGAGUUACAAUCAAGAUAAAGCAACGUCAAUGUAUUUAGUGUGGUAAUCGUGACAACGCGAAAUUAAAAGUGAGUCAACGUGGAAAUUCAAAUACAUACAUACAUACAUAGGUGUGUGUAUACUAUAUAAAAAUACAAUUUACAAAUCGUUAUAUAGAAAACGAUAAACGUAAUAAAAAAAUACAAAAUGAUAAACGAGUAUAUAGAUAUGGAUACGCAAAGUAUUCGCUACGUAAGCGAAUCAUCGAAUGCCAGUACUAGUGGAUAUUCCACGAUGUCACCUGGAUAUAGUACUGUGAAAUCAACACCACCGUCACCAUCACAGUCUCCAUCGAGUCAAUUGCAGACAGAAUUUUCAAAUAUGAACCUGCCCUCGGAGUCUCCACAAAAUCAACCUUGUUAUGCCACAUUACAAAAUGCAACUCUGUUGUACAAUCAAACUGCUCAUCCCCUAACUACAACAAAUAAUUGUAUGAAUUUCGCACCGGUCAUGGGAAUGCCAUCAGCAAUGGUUACAUUACCACAGCAUCAAUUCAGUGGACUGCCGUCACAAUCCUCACAUAUGUUUUCCAAUACUUCCCGAACAGCGAUGAGAACAACACCAUCAAAUGGGAAAUAUCCUGCGGAACUGCGUAUACUUGAACAUCCUGUAGAAAAAUUUCGAUUUAGGUAUAAAUCUGAAAUGCAUGGAACACAUGGUUCGUUGAAUGGCGCCAAUUCCAAACGUACACCAAAAACAUUCCCUGAAGUGGAAUUGUGCAAUUUUAAUGGUAAAGCCGUUAUACGAUGCAGUCUCUUUCAAACAAAUCUGGAAAGCCCUCACUCACAUCAAUUAGUAGUGCGUAAAGACGAUACGGACAUUUGCGAUCCACAUAGUUUGAUUGUUUCACCCGAGCGUGGUUAUGUGGCACAAUUUCAAAAUAUGGGCAUCAUACACACAGCAAAGAAGUUUAUUUUUGAUGAGUUAUUAAAUAAGAAAAUGAAUAGAUUGAAAUUUGAAUUGGCUCGUGAUGAAUUAACUACAAAAGAGGUACAAGAGCUACAUAAAGAAACAGAGAAAGAGUCAAAGGAAAUGAAUCUGAAUCAGGUGCGUUUAUGUUUUGAAGCGUUUAAAAUGGAGGAUGAUGGGAUUUACACUCGUAUAGCAGCGCCUGUAUAUACAAAUCCAAUCAACAAUCGUAAGUCGGCACAAACUGGUGAACUACGCAUAUGUCGUCUAAGUAUUGCUACCGGUAGCGUGACUGGCGGCGAUGACCUCAUUUUGCUAGUUGAAAAAGUAAGCAAGAAAAACAUAAAAGUACGUUUCUAUGAAUUCAACGAUGAAGAAGACCUGGUGUGGGAGGCAUAUGGUAAAUUCCGAGAAUCUGACGUACAUCACCAAUACGCAAUCGUUUGUCAAACUCCGCCAUACAAAGACAAGGACAUUGAUAAGCCUGUCGACGUUUGCAUAGAAUUAGUACGUCCCUCAGAUGAUGAACGUAGCUAUCCACCAGUGACUUUCCGCUAUAAGCCUCGUGAUGUUAUUGUGUCGCGAAAACGUCGGCGAACAUGCUCGAGGUCCACCAGCAGUUCUGGUUCUGGUAGCUCUGUAAAUUCAUUUGAAUUACCGAAACCAGUACAAGAACAAACUGCUAACCUAAAAAUGGAAAACCGGCCAGUAAAAGUGCAACUUGUUAACACAAAUGGUGGUGAAUUUACAAAUAAUCAUCCAACCAUAAGUGAAGAAUUCAAUAAGGAUUUACAAAUUACUCGUAUAAUAGGUAGCGAAACUUUCAGAGAAUGCAUGCAAAUGAACUCAGCCGAACUCGAAGAUAUAUGUCACAUAGAUUCUAUUGGCAAUAUUACGAAUAUCAUAGAUAUGUACGAACUCUCUGGCCCUGGAACUCCAACUAUUGGUGCACUUGUAGAGGAUGGUGUAUCUACGACAUCCUUUUCAAACCGACAAAUAUCUGGUGAUUUGCGUAAACAGUAUAUGAAAUCCAUAUUAGGAGCACCUACGGAUGUGCAGCUCAAUAGCUAUUUACAAAAAAUAUUUAAAAUAUUCGAUGAUGUAAGAACAUCAAAAAUAAAAAGCGAAAACGAAUUUGAGAAGGCUAAAGCAGCUAAAGAAAUCGACGAUGUAUUUAUGGAGCAUUCAGAAAGAAAUGAAUUCCGCGAAAGCAUACUACAUGAAAUUAUAGUCAGUGAUAAUAUAAAAGCGGUCUUGAAAACAUAUCAUAUUUUGGAAUACUUCAAGCUUACACACCUUUUGAAUAAAGUGCUGAAUGCACGCAAUGAAAGCGCCCUGCAUACCGCUUGCUUGCACAAUCGUGUCAAAUAUAUUCGUCCACUUUUAGGUCUCGGCUGCGAUCCAAAUAUUCAAAAUCAUGAUGGAAACACAGCACUGCAUAUUGCUGUUAAGGAACAUAAUGAAAAGUGCAUCGAAAGUUUUCUGAAUAGUGGUAUACGACUUGAUUUGACGAUUAAGAACGAUGAAGGCUUCACACCGCUACAUUUAGCUAUUCGACAAAGGAAAUCUGAAGUAGCUAAAAAGUUAUUGCAAUAUGAUCAUCGUGCGGCACUUGUACCAAAUGCGAAGGAACAAAAUAAUGCCCUCCAUAUGGCCGUAUUGCAAUCUGAUUUUGAAUUUGUCAAAUUAAUUUUAGAAACAGCAGCAGAAAAUGUAAACGAACUCAUGCAAGCAUCCAAUGCAGCCGGACGUAAUGCUGUUGAUUUAGCUAAAGAACUUAAGACAAUAGUGGGCACACAAAUUAUCACAUACUUCGCUUCAUUAGGUUAUAAAGUCAUUGAUAGUGGUAAUUUAGUUGUAAAAGAAGAGGAGAUAUCCUCCACCUCUGGUGAAGAAGAUGAAGAUGGCACAUCAAAUUCAGUCGAAGAAACUAGAGAGAUGGGAAAAAUUAGAGUUAAAGAUGAAUUUAAAGACAUGGGCUUGAAUGAUGUCGCGAAAAAUAAGCCAACUACUUUUGAGGAAUUGUUGCGCGAUGAGCGAAAAUACCGAAUUCUUGUUGCUGCAUUGAGUUUGCAAGAUAAAUGGAAGCAGCUAGCGGUGCCUUGCAAAAUGCAGCAUUUACUAUGUUUGUGGAACAAAGCUGACGAUAUGCUGGAUUAUAUGCGUAAAAAUAUUGAAUUUGACGUGUUUGUCAAUGCACUAGGGCUGGUAGAUAAACAGGCCUUGAAGCUGCUAUAAGAUAUAUACAUACAUAUGUAAAUAUGUCUAUGAAUGCACAUGAAAUUUGAAAAUACAUAUUGCGUUAUUAAAUAAUUUAGCUUUAUAAGUGGCCAUGUCAAUGACUAUAAACAACCUUUGAUUUCUCUGUACUCCGCAACUUCUAAUUGUACGUUAUUUAUCUAUUUAUAUUUAUAAAAAAAAAUUAAGAAUUCCAAGUUGUACUAUAAUAUAAUUAUUAAGCAAAUAUAUAAACUUCAUUGUACAUAGCA